AUGUAUUUCUUUUCUUUUUCUGUUUUUCCUUUUACCUUUCUUUUUUUUUCGUUUUUUCUUUUUCUUCUGUUUUUUUUCCCUUUUCUUUCUUCUUUUUUGUUCUGUUUUUUCUAUCCUUUUCUGUUUUUUUUCUGCUUUUCUUUCUUCUGUUUUUUCCUUUCUUCUGAUUUUUCCUUUCUUCUGUUUUGUUCUGUUUUUCUAUCCUUUUUCUGUUUUUCUAUCCUUUUUCUGUUUUUCUAUCCUUUUUCUAUCCUUUUUCUGUUUUUUUUCUGUUUUUCUAUCCUUUUUCUGUUUUUUCUGCUUUUCUUUCUGUUUUGUUCUAUUUUUUUUUUCUUUGCUUUUCCAAUUUUUCCGUUUUUCCUUUUUUUGUUUUUUAUUUUCUUUUUUCUGUUUUUCUUUUCUUUUUUCUGUUUUUUCCUUUUCUUCUGUUUUGUUCUGUUUUUUUUUCUUUGCUUUUUUUCAUUUUUUUCCGUUUUUCCUUUUCUGUUUUUUCUGUUUUUCUUUUCAUUUUUUUGUUUUUUCUUUCCUUUUCCUAUUUUUCUGUUUUUCUUUUCUUUUUCCUAUUUUUCUGUUUUUCCGAUUUUUCUUCUGUUUUUGUUUUUUUUUUUCUCCUUUUUCUGUUUUUUUUUUUUUUUUUUUCCCGUUUUUUUUCUGUUUUCUGUUUUUUUUUUUCUUUUUCUGUUUUUCCCCGUUUUUUCUUUUUUCUGUUUUUGCCGUUUUUUUUUUUUUUUUUUUUUCUGUUUUUUUUUCUUUUUUCUGUUUUUUUUUUUUCCUUUUUUUUUUUUUUUGCCAUUUUUCCUUUCUUUUUUCUUUUUUGCCGUUUUUUUUCUUUUUCUGUUUUUUCCGUUUUUUUUCUUUUUUUUUCCCCGUUUUUCUUUUUUUUUCUGUUUUACCUUUUUUUUUCUUUUUUCUUUUUCUGUUUUUCUUUUUCUUUUUUGCCUUUUCCCUCUUUUCUUUUUUCUGUUUUUCCUUUUUCUUUUUUUUUUUUGUUUUCCCCGUUUUUUUUUUUUUUUUAGUUUUUUGCCGUUUUCUCUUUUUUUUUUUUUUUUUUUUUCUGUUUUUCCGUUUUUUUUUUUUCUGUUUUUGCUGUUUUUCUUUUCUUUUUUUUUGUUUUGCCAUUUUUCUUUUCUUUUUUCUGUUUUUGACGUUUUUUCUUUUCUUUUUUCUGUUUUUGACAUUUUUCUUUUCUUUUUCUGUUUUUUGCCAUUUUUUUUUUUUUUUCUUUUUUGCCAUUUUUUCUUUUUUUUGCCAUUUUUCUUUUUUUUUUUUCUUUUCUUUUUUCUGUUUUUGCCAUUUUUUCUUUUCUUUUUUCUGUUUUUGCCAUUUUUUCUUUUCUUUUUUCUGUUUUUGCCAUUUUUUCUUUUCUUUUUUCUGUUUUUGCCAUUUUUUCUUUUCUUUUUUCUGUUUUUGCCAUUUUUUCUUUUCUUUUUUCUGUUUUUUUUUUCUGUUUUUUGCCAUUUUUUUUUUUUUUUCUGUUUUUGCCAUUUUUCUUUUCUUUUUCUGUUUUGCCAUUUUUUUCUUUUCUUUUUCUGUUUUGCCAUUUUUCUUUUCUUUUUCUGUUUUUGCCAUUUUUCUUUUCUUUUUUCUGUUUUGCCAUUUUUCUUUUUCUUUUUCUGUUUUUUCAUUUUUUUUUUUUUUCUGUUUUUGCCAUUUUUUCUUUUCUUUUUCUGUUUUGCCAUUUUUUCUUUUCUUUUUCUUUUUUGCUUUUUUCCAUUUUUUCUGUUUUUGCCUUUUUUUCUUUUCUUUUUUCUGUUUUUGCGAUUUUUCUUUUCUUUUUUCUGUUUUUGCCGUUUUUCUUUUCUUUUUUCUGUUUUUGCCUUUUUUCUUUUCUUUUUUCUGUUUUUGCCAUUUUUCUUUUCUUUUUUCUGUUUUUGCCAUUUUUUCUUUUCUUUUUUCUGUUUUUGCCAUUUUUUCUUUUCUUUUUUCUGUUUUUGCCAUUUUUUCUUUUCUUUUUUCUGUUUUUGCCAUUUUUUCUUUUCUUUUUUCUGUUUUUGCCAUUUUUUCUUUCCUUUUAUCCGUUUCCCUUUUCUGUUUUUGCCUUUUCUUUUUCCUUUCGAUUUUUGUUUUUUCCCUUUUUCUCCUUUUCCCUUUACUUUUUUCGUGUUUUUCUUUUUGUUAUUUCUUCUUUCCAUUUUCAUUUUCCGAUUUUCAUUUUCGUUUCUUUAUUUUUUUUUUUUUAAAUUUCUUUUUUACUUUUUCAUUUUUCCUUUUUUUUUUAACUUUUUCUUUACUUUUUCGUUUAUUGCUUUUUUAACAUUUUUCUCAUUUUUAACUUUUCUAUUUUCUUUUUUUUCGUAUUUUUUUCUAUAUUCGUUUUCAAUUCUUUCUUUUUACUUUUUUCUUUUUCUUUCUAUUUUCGUUUUUCAUCUUCCUUUUUUUUCUUUUUGUUUUACUGUUUCAAAAAUGAUUCACUACCUUUGCAUUUGUCGUGGCAUGACCAUCAUCACCUCCCAGCAGAGACCUGGUUGUACCAGGGAUUUUGAAGACAUUGUGAUAUCUAUGCUUUCUAACAUCCCAACAGAUCAGGACAGACGCACCUCCUACACUUCUGACAAUUACCAGUUCCAUUGCAAUGUCGACAGUGGCAUUCUUUUCCUUUGUGUCGCAGAUAGUGACAUGGGAAAACCAGCACCUCAUUCCUGCCUUUCUGAAGUCAAAAAACACUUCAAACGGGGUAACUUUGGAUCAAGAGCUGUGGCUGCAGGAAGUCAUGAACUAGAUCAAGAAUUUGGAAGUGUGUUGCGCACAGAAAUGGAACGAUAUUCAAAGCCUGGCAAUGCUGGUGGUGCCAUGGGUGAAUUGCACUCCCAAGUCGAAGAAGUCAAAGGUAUUUUGACACAGAACAUUGAGAAAGUAAUGGAAAGAGGCGAUAAACUCGAUGAUUUGAUGGACAAGACAUAUGAACUGGAAGAGCAGUCGAUUCGCUUUCAGAAGACUUCCCGGAAAGUUAGGAGCCGAUUCUGGUGGAAGAAUUUGAAGAUGAAGAUCAUUAUGGUAUUUGUUGGUUUAGUGGUUGUUUUGGUGUUGAUACUGAUCAUCCUCUUCUCUACGGCAUCUAUCUAUCUAUCUAUCUAUCUAUCUAUCUAUCUAUCUAUCUAUCUAUCUAUCUAUCUAUCUAUCACAUUUUGUUUGUAUGUAUAUGUAUGUGCGAAUACCAGGAUGCAGACAAAGGAAUUUUAA